AUGUACGGACACGUCUCGCACCUCGCGGAGGCGGCGAUCCGCGGCGCCGAGGCCGCGGGCGCCGAGGUCCGCCCCUACAACUUCCAGGAGACACUCCCCGCCGACCUGGUGAAGAAGAUUGGCGGCGGCGCGUCCCUCGAGCCCAAGCACCCCGUCAUCACGCCCGAGGCACUCGUCGAGCUCGACGGCUUCCUCAUCGGCGCGCCCACGCGUUUCGGCCGCAUGCCGGCGCAGGUGUCCGCCUUCCUCGACUCGACGGGCGCGCAGUACGCGCAAGGCUCGCUCGUCGGCAAGUUCGCCGGCACGUUCACGUCCUCCAACUCGCAGCACGGCGGGCAGGAGACCACCCACCUCAACAUCUUCCCGUACUUUGCGCACCAGGGCAUCAUCUUCGUCCCCAACGGAUACCAGUUCAAGUACGCCGGCGACACCGCGAGCGUGCACGGCGCAUCGCCGUACGGCGCGUCCACCAUCGCAGGGGCGGACGGCAGCUUCAAGCCGAACGAGGAGGAGAUUGCCGUCGCUGAGAGCCAGGGCAAGAACUUUGCCGAAAUCGUCGGCGCCUACCUCACCGGCAAGGCUGCGAUCGGCAAGUAG